CUGCAGCAAAGAAGACGCUGCGCUCAAGAGCUUCUUCAGCGGAAACGAUCGUCCGUGACGCGCAGUCGGUGCGGCACAAGCCCUGACUGUCAGAGGGUGUUUUAUGGCGUCGUUUGUCCCCCAUAUACCUACAAGAGGACCGUUUCCACCGGCCACGUCGCGUCCUCUUCCCGAGCCGAGUUAGUUAGUCUUCACACGGGGAUCCUCACUGUCCAAGGUUCAAGUAGGUCGCCUGCCGCUGCCGGGCUCCGUCUCCCUCAGGUGCGGUGUGUUGUCUCGCGUGGCCGCUCAUCCUGGAGUAUUUCUGGAGCCGCGCUCAGCUAGAGAGCCCGGACGCUGCUGAGGUCCGGUGGUGUCAUGGUGUAAACAGCAGGAGGCGCCUGCAGGAGGCGCUCGAAGGUCCUGCUCACAUGAUGGAAGCUGACGUCAUCCUGAGAGGCCAUGAGCCCAGAGAGCCAAUCAUGGCCCAUCCUCCGGAGACGGACAGUGACGUCACGCUGAGGGAGUGGCUUGACGGGGUGAGAGGUCAGCACAAGGGCAUCAAGCUGGACUUCAAGAGCCUGGAGGCUGUGGCUCCCUCUGUUGUCCUGCUGCAGGACGUGUCGCUGGAGCCUGGUGCUCCGCUGUGGAUGAACGCAGACGUCCUCCCUGGACCAGGGGCUCCGGCGGAUCAGCCCCUGGAGGCCUCCGCCUUCCUGGCUGCUCUGGGGAAACUCCCUGCUGGCGUGGUUCUGUCCCUGGGCUGGACGUCUGACUGGAGGCCAGGAACCCAGAACCCAGGUUACAGCUGGGAGAUGGUGCAGCAGAUGGAGGAGCUCUGCCGGAGGCUGGAGCAUGCGGUCACCUUCCCAGUGCGAGCUGCUCUCCUGCCCCAGUCGCUCCAUCAGCUCUCAUGGCUUCUGCAGCAGUCGCCGAGGUUCAGUCUGACGGUGUGGACCUGCCCGACGGAUGAGGUCUGCCUGCAGGACCUGCGGCCCUUCCGGGAGCAGGUCGACGUCACGAAGGUCUACUUUGACCUGCCGGAGGAAAUGAGGACCGGACUCGUCGCCAUCAGACCCAACAUGAAGAGCCAGUGAACCAUGGCAGCCACACCUUUUGAAAACAUUUUUCCUGAUCUGGCCUGAGGCUGGACCCCGGUGAACACGACAGGAUUCUUCCAUCAGAAACGCUGCUCUGGAGCCCAGCGACGGGUGAAAACCCAAAUGUCCCACAUUUGCCUGAGUGUGUAUUUUGAACGGCUUCGAAUCGCGUCACCAUUUUGUCCUUCUACCUUUGUUCGGCUGCAACAUACUGGUGUAUGUGUGCGCGGUUGCCAGGCGACAGCUCAGGCAGAAAUACUGGCUCAGUCUGUCUCAACAGAAACACCACCACCACCAUCAUCGUCCUCCUCACCAGGUGCUGGAGCUGGGGCUGAUGAUGGAAGUUGGAGCGCACCACAAGCCAAAGUUCGCUUUUGUCUGAGUGGAUCCCACGCUCCGUUUCCAUAAAACGAGGAUUCAUGUUUGUCCAGUCCAACUUGUUUUCCUAGUUUUAAAUGUGUGUAUAAAUGCGUCAUAUGUCAAUAAAUGAU